AUGAGCAAGUCCCAGGACGAGUCCAAAGCGAGCAAAAAGAACAGCGGGAAACGCACUCGAUCGCAGCAAGAGGAUGAGGCCGUAGUCACUAAAUCCCAGCAAGGCGAGUGCGUCGCCCAGCUCGAACCAGCAACGACGGCGUUGAAGGAGCACGUCAACGAGUCUGCUGCAGCGCCCAGCCAAGACGACGCCGGUUCAGACUCGCGCGCGGAACAAUCUGUUCAAGAACGCAAAGCGAGGAAACCAAGACCGGACAGCGACAAGCCCAAAAUACGCCUUCCGAUCGACGACGACGACGAGACGCCCGCGCUCUCGCACAAGGAGAAGCGAUUGGCCAAGCGACGCAAGCUCGCCGGGAUACCCGAACGAGAAUCCGCACCAACACCCGCUUCCAUGAUUCACCCUUCUCGUAAGGCAGUCGUCGACCUUUCUGGUGACGGCACCGUGACAACCGCCAUCGGCAACACUCCGGCCAAGUCGGCCCACGGUGUUUGGGUCGGCAAUAUGAACUACGCGACCACGAGCAAGGAUCUCAUCCAAUGGUUCAGCAGUCGUGGUCUGACCGAAGUCACGAGGAUCAACAUGCCAAACGGGAAACGAGCCUACGAGAACAACAGGGGGUCAGUCUCACCCCAUCGCCUUUUCAGUCUGAAGAGUCUUUCAUGCUCAUUCCUCCCCGUCUCCACAGUUUCGCCUAUAUCGAUUUUCCCACCGCGACCGAUGUCGAAAUUGCAGUCGGGGUCUCUGAACAGCAUCUCGACGGUCGCAAACUGUUGAUUAAGAGCUCAUCCGACUUUACCGGUCGACCGACCCCUGCCGCCGCUGCACUGACGAUGGCGUCGAUCCCUCCUUCGGCACUCGUCGAUUCUGCCCCAAAAUACCCCUUUGAAGACGAUGGGGAGGAUGACGAUCACCACGAAGACGAAGACGAAGGCGAAGGCGAAGACGAUGAGGAUGAUUCGGCCAAGCCUCCCGUCGUCACCGUCGGCCCGACAGGGAACCAACCUCGACCCGUGACGGGUGUGGCCCAACCGACCUUGAACCGUACCGCUCGCAAGAUCCUCGAUCGACAGAAGAAUCCACCGGGACCGACUUUGUUCUUGGGCAACCUCGGUUUCGAAACGACGGUCGAGGAUAUUAGGGAAAUGUUUGAUGCGCAUCAGAAGGCGAUGGCGAAUUGGGCACCGAGGGAUAAGCAGGAGAAGAAUAAGCAAGAGAAGGAGAAGAGGAGGGCCAAGAAGCGCGAGACCGCGGAAGGGGAUGAGCAAGCGAACGGCAGUGGUGAAGAUUCGAGUGAUGAGGAGGAGAACGAUUCGAGCGACGAAGAGAAGAACGAGAAGGGCGAGGACGGUGAAGAUGAGGCACGGAAGCCGAAACGUGUGCGAGCGAAAAAGUUCAAGCCCGAGACGAAGGAACCUCUAGACCUGUCGAAAGCCCAGGAUGCGGGCAUACGCAAGGUCCGCUUGGGAACGUUCGAGGAUACGGGCAAAUGCAAGGGGUGAGGUUUGCUCGUGGGCUGUCAUUAUCGUGUUAUGCGCUCGCUCUCCGCGCCCUGACACCACUGUCCUUCAUAUUACUAGAUGGGCUUUUGUCGACUUCCAUCUUCCCGAACAAUGCACACGAGCACUGCUCAACAUCCGCAACCACGCGUUGGCCGGCCGAACACUGAACGUCGAGUACGCCUCUUCCGAUGCCGUUCGUCGGGGAGCCAUCGGGACGCGAGGAGCGAUCAGAGGCGGAGGUGGGGGGCGAGGUAGAUCGUCUCGCGGGCGAGGUGCUCAUGAUGGGAGAGGGGACGAUAGCCGCGGGCGAGGUCUGCGAUCGCCAGGGGACGGCGAGGCUGGGAGACCUUGGAACGACUCGGACACACGAGCGGCUGCUGGAGAUGGAAGUUGGUACGAGACGCCCGCCGCUGCCACCGAAUACGGUGGUCGAUCUGGGAGAGGAAACUUUGGGGCCGGUCGUGGUGGAAGCAGAGGAGGCGCGCGGGGAGGCCGGGGAGGCCGGGGUGGACCGAGUGCUGGAGCAGGUGGAGCGUCGAGAGGAGGCCAUGAGAAGCGAGCCAAGCCCGGCGCUGCUUUGGCGAGUGCGCAGCGUGCGAGUGAAGCCAUCUUGCCUAGUACUGGACGCAAGAUCGUUUUCGAAUAA